AUGGUACAAAAAAAAGAAAUUAAACCAGAACAAAAUAUUUAUUCACCAUAUUAUUACCCAAAUUUCUCUCGUUAUAACUAUCCUGCAAAAAUUGGUGGUGAUGAAGAACAAUACAAUGAACCACAAUUUUCCUUUCCCCACUGGGAUGACGAAGUACAGGCCUAUAAACCACUUCGUCGAAGAAGGGCUUCUUCACCUUUAACUUGCACUACUGAAGAUAUCGAAUAUUUUAACAAUAAAGCUACCUUAGCUAAUGAUACAAAGGCAGCAGCACCUUCAGAUAUUGAAGACGAUGAAAGCGAGAUAGUUUGUGAAGACAUUCAAAAAGAUAUAGAUUUAGCACGUAGGGAUCAAAAAACCGAUUACGAUCAAUUUCGAAAGACUUAUGCUACAUUUCAUGAUGAUAUACGUGCUCUACAACGAGAAAUUGAAGCAAUCGAAGCCGUUUGUAUGAAAAAUGGGUUGGAUUUAAAAAGCGACGGACAGACCAUAAAUGAUGACGGUAGUGAAAUUUGUUACAAUCCUACGGAAUCCGAUACUUGCAACUUCACUGGUUCUCUUAUGACAACUACAACUUAUGAAAUACAAGGAUGUGGUCGUUUAUAUUCGGCUACUGCUGCGGCUGCGGCCGCUCGUGGCACAAUCCCAAGGAAACGUAGUUCUCCUUCUAUAUUAUACAAGGACAAAGUAGCAAAACAGCAAGAAGAACAGCAAAAUAGAGAAAAUUUAUCGGGAAACUUUAAUGAUAAUAAUCGUAGGUGUUUAGGUAUAGAGGAUGGUUGGACACAAGAAAAAGUUCAUCAGAAUGAAUGGAUUCGUUGUUAA